AUGUUAACUAGGUCCCUAGGUACCUCUACCUACCAGUACCGCAUCUCUGUAGAACUUCAAUCCCUUGUAAUCAAGUGCACAAGCCUCGAUCACAGUUCACUUUCAGAGAUUCACAAGAGCCUCUCAGCGCCAUCCUAUUUCAGCAGUAUGACAACCUCAAUCUCAUCGAAGGUUCAAAAUCUGGAGCUGGUUGCAAACCCCACCGAUGAGGACCAUAACAGCAACAAACCAUCACAGACUACGGUUGAAGGUCUCGUCGAGCGGGGCAAGUUGCUACACGCAGAAGUAGAAACGUAUGUGGCCGCAGUCCUGGAAAAGCAAAGGGUAGGGAAAGUCUACAAUCCAGUCGAGUAUCGAAAUCUGCGCAACGAUAUGCGCAACGAGCUAGCUUUCCUCAAGAAGCUAAUAAGUACGAACCUGGAUGAGGAGAAGGCCCGGCACUACAUCGUAUCGUCAAAUCUACUCUACUAUGAGGCACUCUGGAGUGCAGCAAAACGAUCCUCUGGCCUACAAAGUUUCCGCAAAUAUUUCUUCUGGGAUAGGCACAAGGCUCCUGGAGGCAAAAAUACGAUGAAGGGACUGAGCCUGAAGAAAGGCAGCCAGCAGAAAGGGAAGACUGCAGCACUCGUCGACAUAGUAGCAGAAGAGGGAAUGGAGUGGAUCCGAGUCUCAACUGUUUCGGAGAAACGGAUCCUGUUCGAUCUUGCAAAGCUGGGCUGGAUGAACGACUCCGACUCUGAUGACGAGGUUUCCGAUAUUAGGCCAAGUGUCGACGAAGAAGAGGAUGACGAGGAUCAAAUCGAUGUGGUGAGGAACGCACGCGAUUUAGCACGAGCUGCGAAAGCGAACCCAAUCCGCGGUCGGCCACCAAGAGUGCGAUUCGUUCUGACCAGAAUCGAGUCUGGGAAGAUGGAAGCCAUUGAUAUGAUCAUCAACAAGAUUCGGGCCACAGGUGCGGUUGUACAGUGUGCUAAGGACAUUCCAGCCGCAGUACCGUUGCAGUCGGUUCUCACUCAACUACUAGUCGACCGAUCACGAGCGAUAUCCCAGACAGUGAACAUUGAUUGCACCAUACUACUAGCUCUGAUAUCUGAUAUCUCUCACAAAGAGUGCCCCAUCCUGGACUGGUACCCUGGCGAAGUGCGAGCUCAAAUAAAAGAGGAAGCUGAGGAGCAUCUGUUGCCAACACGUCUCUAUCCAGCAAUCGCUUCACAUCCAAUGGUGUGCACUAGAGAGGCUGCUGAUCAAAUGAACUUGAUAGUGGAGACCCUAGCUACGGAUACCGAGAAACUUCGAGCGAAUCUCCUGUUGGCACAAGGUGAUCGCCAGGGACGUACAUCUGAAGAGCUCGUGGCAGAAUGGGUAUCUUUGUCAGAUCACAGUAUUCCCGAAGGCUUUCAACUGCCUAUAGAAGUCAAGUCGGUCGAUCUAGAUCACAUUACAAAUAGCCUUCCUACGGUAGCUGAAAAGGUUGCAAAAGAACUGGGCACACUGAACAAAUCCAUUUUUCUCUAUGGAUGGGCAGAAAGUCUCACAACUCUGAGUGCCAAUCGUGGUAGAGCGCGUCAAAUAGAGACUAUCAUUAAUGAGCAUGGAUUGGAGGAUGGUGAAGCUGGCCCACACAUCUGGCUAUGCGAACCGAUUGGAAAUUUGCUCUCAACCAGUGAUCAAGGCACCGAUAUCAAAUACUCUCGUUGUCGCCUACCAUGGAAAAAAUACCUCAAGACUAUUUAG